UUUUAAUAGUUCGGGGCCAAGUUUGUCACAAAAAAAAAAAAAAGAAAAAACCUAAUGCUUGACGGCUGCUAGGAACCAAAUUGGUAUUUGGAGGCUCCGCGCCCGACUUGUCCUAUACAGCCUACACUACAUUUCAUAAGCGGACUUCACGAGGCAACCAAAAACUACAAGAAGUCAUUCUGACCAACUCCUCCCAGUCUGUUCCUAUUUUUCUACUAUUUCUUUAGUCCGACUCCGAUUUCUCCUUCCUUUUCAUCAUUCGUAAAGACUAUUUGGGGUUUUAUAUUAUAAUAGUAGCAAAGUAAAAAAGUACAGAGCAAUUCGUCGAUCAUUCAGUCAAUCGCGAUGGCUUGCUCAAGUUUUGUGAAGCUGAAUGCAUCGUCUUCCUCCUGGAUCGCUCAACAACCUCUCAAUCAACGCCCUGGAUCCGCCGCCGUUUUGCCCCCUCGCCGUGUUUCCUUUGUCAAGGCGUCCGCUUCUGGAUCUUACUCCGACGAGCUCGUUAAAACCGCCAAAACGGUUGCAUCUCCAGGGAGGGGUAUCCUUGCCAUUGAUGAAUCAAAUGCUACUUGUGGCAAGAGGCUGGCAUCUAUUGGUUUAGACAAUACCGAGGUGAACAGACAAGCUUACAGGCAACUUUUGCUGACCACUCCUGGCCUGGGUGAAUACAUUUCUGGUGCUAUUCUUUUCGAGGAGACACUUUACCAAUCAACUACUGAUGGAAAGAAAUUUGUGGACUGCUUGCGUGACCAGAACAUUGUACCUGGAAUCAAAGUUGACAAGGGUUUGUCUCCCCUGCCAGGAUCCAACAAUGAGUCAUGGUGUCAAGGUUUAGAUGGAUUGGCUUCUAGAUCUGCAGAGUACUAUAAGCAAGGGGCCCGAUUUGCUAAGUGGAGAACCGUUGUCAGCAUCCCUUGUGGUCCUUCUGCUUUGGCUGUCAAAGAAGCUGCAUGGGGCCUUGCACGCUAUGCUGCAAUAUCUCAGGAUAAUGGUCUAGUGCCUAUUGUGGAACCUGAGAUUCUACUUGAUGGAGACCACCCAAUUGAAAGGACCCUCGAAGUAGCAGAACGGGUUUGGUCAGAGGUCUUCUAUUACUUGGCAGAAAACAAUGUCAUGUUUGAAGGAAUUCUCCUCAAACCUAGCAUGGUGACCCCCGGGGCCGAACACAAGGAGAAAGCUUCUCCAGAAACUAUCGCCAAGUACACUCUCACCAUGCUCAGGAGGAGAGUGCCUCCAGCAGUUCCUGGGAUUAUGUUCUUGUCUGGUGGACAAUCUGAAGUUGAAGCCACACUAAACUUGAAUGCAAUGAAUCAAAGCCCCAACCCAUGGCACGUUUCUUUCUCUUAUGCAAGAGCGUUGCAAAACAGUGUGCUCAAGACAUGGCAGGGACGUCCUGAGAAUGCAGAAGCAGCUCAAAAGGCACUUCUGGUGCGGGCAAAAGCAAAUUCCUUGGCCCAGCUUGGAAGAUACACAGCUGAGGGUGAGAGUGAAGAUGCUAAGAAGGGAAUGUUCGUCAAAGGCUACACAUACUAACUUCAGAGAGGCUUGCUGCUUGAUACUCUUGGCUUGCAGUAACUGUGUAGUUCAUGUUCUGUACUCGACAUUUUGCUAGGUUGAACUUAUGAGGAGAAUCAGUAGGAUAAUGGCCUGUUUUACCCCCUCCCCGGGUGCCUUUUUUCUUUCUUUUUGUCGUGAUAGCUAAAUGUUUGAAUAAGGAAUGAAUCUAUCUAAAAAACGACCAGAGAGUGGUCAUCUCAGUACUGAAUUUAUGAGAAAUGUACGAGUUUGAACUGCUUCCCCAUAAUUUGCAUGCAUUCUGUGUUUAAGUGUUUUAACUUGGCAAUCCAAGUAUUUGAGAUCAAUGGCUCUUGCGAAAGGCAGUUUUGAUUCAUAUGCUGCAAAUGCAGAGAUUUUUUUGAGUAUCAG